GUCGCGACGUCACCGUGCGUUGGAGUUAAAGUGCAACAUGCGCAGACAGACAGACACACAGGGACGGUUCGGUUUGACGUGAACUGUCGGUAACCCCGCGAACGGUGGAAAGUAGCUACGAUUUACUUUUUCCUGUUUGUCAAGAAGACAGCUUGAAUAGUUAUGAAUGGAAGCGACGUAGUUGACUGAGGGCAGCCUGACCUCGGUGUUAUUGAAACAAGAUGAUUAAAAACUGGGGCGUCAUCGGUGGAAUAGCUGCUGCGGUUGCAGCUGGAGUCUACGUUUUGUGGGGCCCAAUAACGGAGAGAAAGAAGAGAAAGAAAGGUAUGGUACCCGGUCUGUUGAACUUGAGCAACACCUGCUUCCUCAACUCGUUGCUUCAGGGUUUGGCGGCAUGUCCGUCUUUCGUCAGGUGGCUGGAGAAGUUUUCCGAUUCGCCUAUGAUCCAGUCGUGCAAAGACAACCAUCUGUCUAACACGCUGCUUCAGCUACUCAAAGCUCUGUCCUGUGACGAACCUGGGGAGGAAGACGUACUCGAUGCCGGAUGCCUCCUGGAGGUUCUCAGACUGUACCGCUGGCACAUUAGUUCAUUUGAAGAGCAGGAUGCACAUGAACUUUUUCAUGUCCUCACGUCUUCUCUGGAGGAGGAACGGGAUCGGCAACCCAAAGUCACCCACUUGUUCGACAUGCAGUCCCUUGAGAGUCUCCCGGAUCAAGAUGAUAAUUCUAUGACCUGCAGAAGUCGAGCCCCACUUCAUCCGAUACCAAGUCCUUGGAAGUGCCAUCAUCCUUUUCAUGGCCGUUUAACGAGCAACAUGUCUUGCAAGCGCUGUGAGCAUCAAAGUCCGGUGCGGUAUGACUCAUUCGAGAGUCUCUCCCUAUCCAUCCCUUUACCUCAGUGGGGUCGACCCGUCUCUCUCGAUCAGUGUCUUCAGCAUUUCAUCUCUUCAGAAACCAUCAAAGAAGUGGUGUGUGAAAACUGCACAAAGCUUCAACUAGAGUCCGCAGUCAUCGGACAAGUUCUGGAAAGUCAGAGAACAACAUUUGUUAAACAGCUAAAAUUGGGAAAGCUCCCCCAGUGCCUCUGCAUCCAUUUACAAAGACUGACGUGGUCCAGUGAAGGAACCCCCAUCAAAAGACAGGAGCAUGUGCAGUUCACAGAGUAUCUUACGAUGGACCACUACAAACACAAAGUUCCCAUGCAGAGGAAUAAGCGGCUCACAUGUGCACCAAAGCCCAAGAAAGCAGAAAAUACAGAUGAUGUCACUGCAAACGGCACAGAUGCAGAACAUCACAACAACAACAACAAACCUUUUUCCAAUGGAACCUGUUCAUCUUUAUUUCUUCACUCCCCUGGUGUGAACCCACAACUCGGCCUCAUGUAUGACUACAGCUCUACAGAAUACCUUUUCCAGCUCACGGCCGUGCUGGUUCACCACGGCGACAUGCACUCAGGACAUUUCAUCACGUACCGCCGCAGCCCCUCCUCACCUCACAGCUCCUCGCCCCUCAGCUCCCAGUGGCUCUGGGUGUCGGACGACUCGGUGCGAAAAGCCAGCCUGCACGAGGUGCUGUCUUCCAACGCUUACAUGCUCUUCUACGAGAGAGUGCGAAGGCUGGACCUCGCUCUGCGCUCCGAGGAUUAACUGGACGCUUGCAACUUCGAAGCCUGAGUGACUUCAGGCUUUCCGGUCAAACUGUCACAGCUGUGUUUGCCAGUUACAACAUUGUUAUCGACAGGCAGUUAAUGACUUAGAGAGCCGAGAGGAAAGCAAUCAUGCAGUUGUAAAAGAGGUGAUUUUACUUCCUGGAUCACAGCAACAUGUUGAAGAUCAGUGAAUCAUGAAUAGAUCAUGAAUUCCAUGAGCGGACACUUUUCCAUCUGCUCUGAUAGUAGUAUGCUCUAAAUCCAAAUGAUGAUUGACCUGUCGGACGUUUGAUCCGUGCAACAGUUUCUGUCAAUGUGGCUUCUAUAGGACAAGAGAACAGCAACACAUGACAAUAUAGUGGAUUCUAUGGUGAGAGUCCUGCAUCACAACUUUCAUGUGUGAAGUCCAUAGUGUUAUUUCUGUUGAGAAUGUCAGAGGCGUGGACUCAGCUCAACAGAGGUAACUCAUCAGGACUUCAUGGAGAUGCUACUUGUUGCAUAUUCAGAAAAAGGCUUAACUCUGGUUCUCCAUGGUCUAAUCUUAUCUGCCUAAUCAUUCCCAGCAGUGUACGUAGUCUGAAAUGGAUCGCCUCCGUUCAUAAGCUGUUGAAUUUGAUAUUUUUCUAUGUUUCCAGUAAUCCUUACACUGUCCUGUUUUGCAGAGCUGCAUAGUUGAGGUUCAAGUGCCAUGUUGUCUUUAUUGCGCAGUAUUUGCACGUGGAUUCAAACCACGUCUGCUGCAGCUGAUGUGAACAUAACAUAUGAUCUCUUAAUGGAAACAGGAUGUACCCGCGCUGUAACAGAUUCAUAAUGAUGGUUCAUAUAGCCAGAGUAAAACUGCAGGUGCUUUGGGCAAGUUAUCCUGAAUAAUUUUGUAUUCUCGGUAACUUAUAACUGCCUUGUUUGCUCUGACCAAUCCGUGAGAAAAAACGCUCCUGGUUACUGUUUGCGAUUUGCACAAAUGUAUGUUCAUGUGAGAUUGUGUGUAUCUGUUUGCAAUCUGUAAAGGUGAUUGUUUUCAGGUAUUAAAAAACAAAAAUAAUG